CCCUAGUUAAAGAGAGCAUGCUGCUAAUAUACUACACAUAGUACUGAGCACCUUUUUUUCUGUUUAAUUGAGGUAUUAUAUAAGGCCUGCUCUUCAAACUAAAUUUAUGAUUCAUAAUAAUUAUAUUCAAAAAUCCGGAUGGAGAUGAGCAGUAAGACAGAGGCUCCUUUCUGGUUUCUUAUUUUCCUGUGGCUUUCAUGUUCUGCAGAUGGCCUACUUUCAUCCAAAGGUGUAAACUUUGAAGUGCAAGCAUUAAUGGCCAUAAAAGCCUCAUUGGUUGAUCCUCAUGGUGUUCUUGAUAACUGGGAUGCUGAUGCUGUUGAUCCUUGUAGCUGGACAAUGAUUACAUGUUCUGCUGAAAGUCUGGUCAUUGGCCUAGGAACUCCUAGCCAGAGGUUGUCUGGCAAUCUUGCUCCAAGCAUUGGCAACUUAACAAAUCUCCAGAUUGUGCUAUUUCAGAACAAUAAUAUAUCAGGACAAAUUCCUGUAGAGAUGGGAUGGCUCUGGAAGCUACAGACACUUGAUCUUUCUGAUAAUAAUUUCUAUGGUGGAAUUCCCUCCUCUCUAGGUCAUUUGAAAAGUCUGCAGUACAUGAGGCUUAACAAUAACAGUCUAACAGGCGAAAUUCCGGAGUCGUUGGCCAAUUUGAGUAGGCUUACUUUAGUAGACUUGUCUUUCAACAACUUGAGUGCCCCUGUUCCCAGAAUUUCUUCUAAAGCAUUCAACAUUGUGGGAAAUACAAAUAUAUGUGCAACUGGGGUGGAGCCUGAUUGCAAUGGAACAACACUAAUUCCGAUGUCUAUGUCCCUGAAUAACACUCAAUCUGCUCUGCAUCCUGGAAGGCCAAAAAGUCACAAACUUGCCAUGGUCAUUGGUGCAAUCAUUGUAUUAAUCUCAUUGCUAAUCUUUGGAUUCGGGCUAUAUCUGUGGUGGAGGCACAGGCAUAACCAGCAGUUAUUUUUUGAUGUCAAAGAUGGACAUCAUGAGGAAAUCAGUAUUGGAAAUAUAAAGAAGUUCUCAUUCAGGGAACUUCAGAUUGCAACGGAGAAUUUCAGUAGUAAAAAUCUGUUGGGGCAAGGUGGUUUUGGAGAUGUCUACAAAGGUUGUCUUCAAGAUGGUACUGCUGUGGCUGUCAAGAGGCUUAAAGAUGGUAGUACUAGUGGAGGUCAAAAGCAAUUCCAAACUGAAAUCGAGAUGAUCAGCUUAGCAGUGCACCGAAAUCUGCUCAGGCUCUAUGGUUUUUGCAUGACUGCCACAGAGAAACUUCUAGUUUACCCCUAUAUGUCCAAUGGAAGUGUUGCUUCACGCCUUAAAGGUAUCCGUGGAAAACCAGUCCUUGAUUGGGGCCUAAGGAAGAGAAUUGCACUGGGAGCUGCGAGGGGAUUGUUGUACCUUCAUGAGCAGUGUGACCCGAAGAUAAUACACAGAGAUGUUAAGGCAGCCAAUAUAUUGCUUGAUGAAUAUUUUGAGGCUGUUGUAGGAGAUUUUGGACUGGCAAAGCUUUUGGAUCACCAGGAUUCACAUGUUACUACAGCAGUUAGGGGCACUGUGGGGCACAUCGCUCCCGAGUAUCUCUCAACUGGCCAGUCCUCUGAGAAAACGGAUGUUUUUGGAUUCGGGAUCCUUCUGCUAGAACUAGUUACAGGACAAAGAGCCUUGGAAUUUGGCAAGGCAGCUAAUCAGAAAGGUGCAAUCUUAGAUUGGGUGAGAAAAACAUUAUAUAAAAUCCUACACUUCAUUAACUCUUUGGCCUUAAACUUAUCAAAUUGGUCUAUUAUAUGGUAUUCAAAUGUAAUGCAGGUUAAAAAGGUUCACCAGGGAAAGAAGCUUGAUAUUUUAGUCGACAAGGAUUUAAAAUACAAGUAUGAUGUACUUGAGCUGGAAGAAAUUGUUCAAGUGGCUCUUUUGUGCACUCAGUACCUCCCAGCACACAGACCAAAAAUGUCUGAAGUCGUACGGAUGCUUGAAGGCGAUGGACUUGCAGAGAGAUGGGAAGCCUCCCAGAAAACUGAACCAGCAAAAUAUAGAUCACAUGAACUUUCCUCAUCAGAGCGAUAUUCGGACCUCACAGAUGACUCUUCGUUGCUUGUUCAGGCCAUAGAACUCUCUGGUCCAAGAUAAAUCAAUUUGCUGAUCUUCUAAAAAUUGAUGUAGUUGCAAAAUUUUGAUGGAAAAAUUAUACUAGUUCAGUUAAACUAAAAGUAAAAUAUAUAGAAUUGCCACAUUCAAUCUAUUAAUGAUUUUUUCAUGUAGAGUAGCGAUGGAAGACCUAACUGUAAAUAUAUAUUUUAAGGAAUAAAAGUUAUUUGAAUUCUAGAA